AUGCCCACUAGUUUAUCGAGUCGAGAAACCCCGACAAAUGUGCCGCCACCAAAAGGAACAGGCGUUAUGGCAGAAGGAUGGUUGAUUAAGGCGAGAGAGCACGGCAUUCGAUUUCCUAUACUAAAGUCUAAAUGGGCUCGUCAUUAUUUCGUGCUGCGGAGCUUGUCGAAUCGAGCGUUUGCUCUGGAUGAAUAUCGUAGUGACGAUCGAAGACGAUUGAGAAAAACCUACAAUAUGGAUCAAUGUAUACAGACCGAUUCCUAUCUGCAAAUCUCGGAUCCAUCAUGUACGGCGGCUCGCGGAAUGCAACUUCAAUGGAUUUUCUCCAUUCAUUUCAGCAAACCCGAUAGCACGAAACGAUCCGAAUUGUACUUGGUUGCCGAAAGUGAACAAGAGAUGCUUGAGUGGGUGAGUGCUAUUUGUCGGGCGUGUAAUCUCGAGAAACAAGACGAGACACUCGAUCAACCAAAGGAAAAAGAACAAUCAAGACUCCGUCGAAUAGAGCCGAUUCCCCGAGAUGAGCGCUCAUCAUUUCUCUCAUCGUCUCUAGCCGGAAUGUCGAUGUCCUCAAAUGUGUCAACCAGUGAAUCCACCCAAGAUCACCACAACUCAAGGAGUAAGGAGAGCAAAGACUACAUGCACAUAAACAAAUUCCACACUCGACAAACCCCGCGUACAACUCGAACACAAAGUGGUGUCGGGCGGGCACUCGACAAGAAGAAAGAUGAAAAUAACUGGAAAAGCGAAGGGUCAUCGGCGUGCAGCAGAAGCAGCAGUUUAUCGAGUAGCCGAAGGAGUUUGACCGACGAUGAGGAGGGAUCGAGCAGUUGUGUGAGCAGUUCACCCUCAAAUGGCAAGGAUCUACCGCCAGUCGAUACAACGUCGAGUACAAGAAGUCAACUCUCCUCUACAACGACGCCGAGUUCACUUCGACACGAGAUCACGGUGAACACACUGCAAAAUCAACUCUAUACGAAUCGACUCCGGCUAAAUCAACCCGUACCUCCACCACCGCCAAACACCGUAAUCGAAGGAGCUGAAAAUGAGAGCAGCGGGGAAACUAUUAAGAUCCUUGGAAAACGAAAAAGCGAGCUGAAAGCACAGCAAUUCUCUCCGCCCAAGCAGAUCUCCUACGUGAAUGCAAGGUCAAUUUCCACCUCAAAUCCCCCGCCACCAUUCGUCGAUCGAUCCAGCAAGCCGAGUCGUUUAUUCUCUCAAUCGGACGAUGAUCGAAGCUCUUUAGAUGGAAGCAAACGAAAUUUCCGUCACCUCCCCGCACUUCCCAAGACAACGCCAAGACGAGGUGCGCGGGCCUAUCACGAAGCACCAAAGUCAGCUGGUCUCGUGAGCCCGCCUCGAUCCUCAUUAGAGUAUUUCGAUCCAGUGGUUACUCGAUCGGCGAGAGGCGAAUCUUUCUCGGGUCGAUCUCAUUUCAGUCACUCGCCAGUACCCGCUUCUCAUGAAAUUGACUAUAUUCGAAUCGAUGCACAAAAGACACAGGCGGUGAAGCAGCUGAUCGCGCAACGGGGCGCUGCUUUCGACGAA